CAGGCCCCGCCCCCGCCAGUCCCGCUUCCCGCCGCGACCGGACCGCCGCCGCCGCGAUGUGGGCCGCGCUGCUGCUGCUCUGCGCCGGGCUCCUGGGCGCCCCUGCCCGCGCCGCCAGCCUGCCCGCGAGCCCCUUAGAACAGUUUCACUUCAAGUCAUGGAUGUUGCAGCACCAAAAGAAAUACAGCCCAGAGGAGAACCACCACAGGCUGCAGACCUUCGUCAGCAACUGGAGGAAGAUAGCCGCCCACAAUGCUGGGAACCACACCUUUACGAUGGGACUGAACCAGUUUUCAGAUAUGAACUUUGCUGAAUUCAGACGCAAGUAUCUUUGGUCAGAACCACAGAAUUGCUCAGCCACCAGAGGUAACUACCUUCGGGGUACUGGUCCCUACCCACCUUCCAUGGACUGGCGGAAAAAGGGAAAUUUUGUCUCACCAGUGAAAAAUCAGGGUGGCUGUGGCAGCUGCUGGACUUUCUCCACCACGGGGGCCCUGGAGUCUGCGGUUGCCAUCGCUGGCGGGAAGCUGCUAUCUCUGGCAGAGCAGCAGUUGGUGGACUGUGCUCAGGACUUCAACAACCAUGGCUGCCGAGGGGGUCUCCCGAGCCAGGCCUUUGAGUACAUCAAGUACAACAAGGGCAUCAUGAGCGAAGACACCUACCCCUACAAGGGCCAGGACAGUGACUGCAAGUUCCAGCCCAGGAAGGCCAUUGCAUUCGUCAAGGAUGUGGCCAACAUUACAAUCAAUGAUGAGGAGGCCAUGGUAGAGGCGGUGGCCCUGUACAACCCUGUGAGCUUUGCCUUUGAGGUGACCGACGACUUUAUGAAGUACGCUAAGGGCAUCUACUCCAGUACAUCCUGUCACAAAACUCCUGAUAAGGUAAACCACGCGGUGCUGGCUGUUGGGUAUGGAGAAGAAAAUGGGGUGCCUUAUUGGAUCGUGAAGAACUCCUGGGGCCCCAACUGGGGAAUGAAUGGGUACUUCCUCAUCGAGCGUGGGAAGAACAUGUGUGGGCUGGCAGCCUGCGCCUCCUACCCCAUCCCCCUGCUGUGAACAGCCGGCUGGCCACAGCAAGGGGCUCCCGCCGCGGCCCAGGGCGCCUCAUCAUACCCGCUGUCCCUCGAAACCUUAGAAAAAAAUGGAAGAAUUCCAGCAGUAUCAAGCCGCCCACAUCUGCUGACGAAAAGGCCUCAGGUGUGAUUUUUAACAAUCACACCCACGUGGGCCGGGAAUGUUCUUGACCUGUGCCUGGCCGCGUUUCGCAUAUGGAGAGCACCCCAGCGACUCUCUUCAGGGCUUCCCCUCAGUAAACCUCUGGUGAUCACUUCCCGGAGCCAGGCCUGUGCUGUGCUGGGACCAGACACGGCAGCCUGUCUGCCCAACAGGCUCAGCCACAGGCGGAGGCAUCGAGGGGCUGAUGUCUGGCUGCGAGGGGUGGUGGUGUCACUGCCCACUGGACGCGGUUCCCCGGGGGGACAUGGGAAGGAAAGGUACCCGCUCGGUAGGGCAGGGCGGGCCUGAAAGCUGGGGCUUCUGCGGUGGCCUCCACCGGCAGCUCCCUCCCCGGCCCAAACCCAGCAGCACUCCUAGGACUGCCCCCCUUCCCCUACCUGCCCCUUGCUCUGAACACACUGGGAUGCUCCUGGGCCCUGCCAUCUCCACACCGUCCCAUCCCUUUGGAGAAAUCCUGGGCUCUGGAAGCAGAGUCUGCUUUGUCCCACAGUCCACAGAUUUUCUCAGGAAGAGCGCUUUCCCAUCACUGGGGCUCCUAUAGAGCCAAAGGCUUGAAAACAUUUGAGAAAAUAUGUUGUUUUCAUGACAAGGCUUACUUAGAAAAUGUAAAUGUGGUUUGAUCUAUUUGAAAAUUCUAGUAACAUGAGGCACCACAAGAUGUCGGGACAAAAAAACAGUCUUCACAUCUCCACCCAGGGGAGACUGUGCAGCACCAGGCAACCCACCCAGCACCCGAGCUGAAAGCAGCACUUGGGGCCCCUCUGCAUUGGGGGCUGUGCCCUCCCCUGAGCCUGGUCAGUGAGCCCCCACCACAGCACAAUGCCCCCAGGAAGGUUCACACCCCGGCCCCUCCCCCAAGAGGCUGCAGGGAGACUGGUCUGAGCUGCCCAGCACACACUGCUCCCUACUGGGGCCUCAAGUCUUACUUCUCAUGGCCAGUUUCUCUUCUCUAUUACUGAACAUACUGUAUGUGCGUUACCCCGAUGUUAAUGAGACUGAGGGUGUCUGCAGCCUCUUCUGUGUGUCAUCUACGUUAUCUGCAGGGAUGUUAUUUCUACCUUGCAUUUCUAGGUACUCUGUAGUGGGAGCAAUUUCAGGCUAUACAGUCUAUAUGGCCCUGAACCAGCCUCCAGACCUUUCACAAAGGCAUGAACACAGCCCUGGAGAUACAGAUACAGUGUUUAUGCCUUAAUGAAAAUACUGUUCUCCACUUCCCUCUUCCAUCCGGCAGCAUGUGAAAGCAAGCCCAGCCAGGCAGACAGACUGGCAGAAGUGCACACAGCAGGGAGGGUGAGGGCAGGUGACACAGUGCGGAAGCUGACUCUGCACCUUCACCUCCCCUGACUUUACUCCUGUAAUUCACACACUAGCACACAGGAAACUACUAGUUUAGGAUGGGGAGCCAGCUGGUGGAUUACAACACUAUUAAAACACACACUCCAUGAUAGGCACGGACAAGGCGGACAGGAAAGGGAAAUGGGGCGGUCAGGGUGUGAUGCUCAGCUAGGAAGACCAUGGGGAAGUCUGAACCCUCAGAACUGCCCUUUCUGUUCCUAAGACACUGUAAGUGGCAACAGCUGUUACUACACACGCCCAAGGUCCAUACAAGUUCAGGGCUGCAAAUGUGUGCCAAGCAAAGGCCAAAGAAGGGGGGAGGGAGAUGCAGGGGCAAAACACCUCAAUUCUGAGGAAGUAAUUUCAAAACUUUGAAACUAUCACAACUGAGUAAAUAAAAAUGGGAGCGACUAAUAUGGGAACAGGCACCAGCACACUGACACCCUCCGAUGCCACGGAUGAGUUGAAGCCAAGCCCCGACCAUCUCAGGAGCAUGCCUACCCCAACCAAACGUCCAGAGCAUGCACCUCCACACGGCUCUGCUUCUCCAUAAACACGCACAUCAAGUGCUCAGACUACAGAAAAGCAUGAGUCUGCCAUUUUACCAACAAUCUGAGGUCAGCUUUGUGAAACUACAAAUAAACGUCCUGAACAUUAAACGGAACUGCAGGAGUAACAAGACGACAAAGGCAAAGAAAAAACUAGUUCACUGCACACACAUCAGCAAUGCUUCCUUCAAGGCCAGGCCCUUAACUAGGUCAAAGAGUACAUUUAAAACAGAAAAUUCUAGAUUGUAGUCCAUAACGUGGCUACUCUAGAAAUCUCCAACAUGGCUGUGAUCCACAUACAUCGAUGAGUCUAAUAAAUACUGGGAAGAGAAAAUUCAGAAGUAAAGACCUAAGUGAAAAAAGUAUAUAUGAAAAUGGUCUUUAAAUUCUGUAGCUGUACGGUGAGAAGUUACCUUGACUUGCUGUUGUGAUAUGUGCAAGAUAUACAAAUAUCAAAUCGUUAUGUUACAUACCUAAAACUAAUAAAAAGGUUUUAGUAUUAA